CCUGUAGAUUGUACAUACUGUUUUCUGACUUACUGUAUUCUGUGUUGAUAUAUAGUUUAUGUGGACUAUUUAUAGACUAGCAAAUCUCUUUCGGUGGUAUCUUAAUUUACAUUACAUGGUCAUUUUCUUUAGUGAUGCUGUAUGUGUUAUAUUUGUGUAGUUUAGCCACACAGAACCGCACUUACUCCGCGUGGUGUCACUGUAGACCGCUAAACUUUAAUAACUUCUAUAUUCCAUCUGAACUCCGCCUACAGCUUCGCUGAGUGACGCGCUAUUACCAAGCGUCACAGUCCAGAUGCUUUUCGUGGCAUGUUUCCGUAAGUCUUAUUCUUUAUUCUGUGUCUACGGAGUUUUGACGUUCUUCUAAUUACCGUUGUAGUGUUUUGAUCACGUUGGCAUCUCACGCGGAAGUAUGGCGGACAGAAAGGACUUAAUGUUCCCACAUAUUAUUUUCCUCUGCCUCGUGAUGUGUGUUUUAGUGCCAGUGGAUGGUCAGAUUGUCUACUCCGUGUCCGAGGAAGUAAAUAUCGGAACUGUCGUCGGGAAUGUGGUGAAGGACAUGAAUUUAAACGUCCAAGAUUUGGAGUCGCGGGCAUUUCAGCUUGUAUUCGGCUCGAGGACGAGGUAUUUUGAUGUAAAUCUGAAAUCUGGCGUCUUGUAUGUUGCUGAAAGAAUUGACCGCGAACAACUAUGUCCGAAUACUCCAUCGUGUUCUUUGAAUUUUGAGGCGAUAGUAAACCACCCUCUCAGUCUGAGUCGAGUGAUAGUUAAUGUUAAUGAUGUGAAUGACAAUUCUCCUACAUUCCCUGUUGAAACUCAGAUUUUGAAUAUCUCAGAAUCAGUGCAGCCAGGAGCUACAUUUUCCUUGAUCAGUGCAGUGGAUGAAGAUGUAGGAUCUUUCUCUGUGAAAAGCUAUAAACUUAGUCCUAAUGAACAUUUUUCAUUAGAAGUACACACGGGUGGUGAACAUGGCAUGUCUCCAGAGCUAAUCCUCCGAAAAGCUUUAGAUAGAGAGAAAGAACCUGUAAUACGACUAAUGUUGACUGCUUCUGAUGGAGGAAAACCACCCAGGUCUGGGACAUUACAAAUUAUAGUUAACAUUUUAGAUACAAAUGAUAAUGCUCCAGUGUUUAGCAGUCCUCUUUAUAAAGUCCGUGUGACAGAGAAUACACCACAAGGAACUAAAAUAAUCAAACUCAAUGCUACUGACAUGGAUGAAGGUCCAAAUGGGGAAAUAACUUAUUUAUUCAGCAGUCAUGGUCAGGAAAAAAAUCUUGAUGUUUUUGCAAUCAGUCCUGAUUCUGGGGAGAUUGAAGUUAAAGGAAAUAUUGAUUUUGAGGACAAAGCUUUUUAUGAACUUAGAAUAGAGGCCCAUGAUAAAGCCUUUCCCCCAUGACAACAAAUUGUAAAAUACUAAUUGAAGUCAUUGAUGUUAAUGACA